AUGGCAAAUCGUUUCAAAUUAAAAAAAUUGUUUUAUGUACCCUCUAGACAUUUCUUCCUAACGUACUUGCUGAUCCUACUAAAUGUUGUAUUUCUUAAUAUUAUUAGUUCGUCCAAAGAGUCUCUCUCCUCAUCCGAAUUAGUAGGACUUGGUACUAUAUGUGUAAGAAAUUUAUCAGAAACUUCAGAAUCGCUAGUUGAAUCCAACGCAAAAAUAGAAUUGGAAAAAAAUCAGAGUGUGAAUGAAAAUGCUGACAGUACAGACAAAGACUGUAGCAUUGAGUCACUUCCAUUCGGGUGCAAACAAUCAGACCUUAAGAAAAAAUUAAAAAAGUGGCAAUUACGCAAUUUACUUUUUUCUGGUGGUUUUAUUUUGAUAAAAAAGAAAAGGACAUAUAUUAUAUACUAUUAUUAUAAUCAGUAUUUAAAAAAAAAAUACUAUUUGAUGAUGAACAAAAUAGUUCGAAAUUUUACAGAGGAAGCAUUAAAAAAUGGAAUGUCAGAAGAAGAACGAAUGGUACAUUUAAUGGAAUGCUAUACGGGACUUACAAAGGACAUGGAAAAAAUGGAAAAAAAUUUUGAAAAAAAAUUUUACACUUUUAUUCAGAAAAAAAAUAUAUGGUAUUCUGAACUUGAAUCAUUUGUAUUUCGUUUCAAGAAAUUGUGGAUGAAGGAGAUGAAAAAGUGUGAGCUCAAAUGGACUGCAACUUUGACAAACAAAAUAACCAAGUCGUAG